AUGGCGAUCUCUCAGCUCAGCAUAAUGAUCUCUGGGCCUGGCAUGGCUGUCUCCCAGCCCAUCGUGGCUGUCUCCCGGCCUGCCAUGGUGGUGUCUCCCAGCGUGGCUGUCUCGCAGCCCAGUGUGCUGUUCUCCCAGCACAGCGUAUUAGCGUCUUGGUGGCCCAGCAUGGCGGUCUCUUGGCAGCCCAGUGUGGUGGUGGUUCAGCCUGCCGUGGCAUCAGCAUGGACUUCUAGCCUCAAAAUGAUUCCAGAGUGGUCUCCUAGUUUCAAGAUCCUCAAGGGAAAGCCCAACGCGGUCUGGAGUCAAGGCCGGGCGCAGACUAGAGGUAAAAGAACUGCAGUCUCAUUUGUCCUGUCCUCCUUGCUGUCAAUUCUCAUUUACUCAGCUCUGGAACUAUACAAAGAAAAACUGGUAAACGACACAGGAAUAUUUCGCUGCUUUGGCUUUGUGGCAUCACAUUUGUUUAUUUUUUCACUGACUAUUGUCAAUAAUCUAGAGAACAUGGUGUUUGGAAUGGGAUUUGAGGCAGACUUUUUCCCUGAAGUUUUGUCAUGCUUUGACCUUGCACUUUAUACAUCUUACCAAGUGCAUCCUGUAUCAUGUACUUCAUGUUUAGUGUUCUCCUUGGUGCAACUGUACUUCAUCAACCAGCUUUUCAGGAACAUUUAUCACAUUUGAGAAAGUUUCGCUGUGACAAAAGAGAUUAAAGGAAGGAAGAGCAGUUGA